GUGAUUGUGAGUAUUUCUAUAUAAUUUUCAAUAUAGACGUCUAUAGACGUCAUGCCUGCUCUGUUUUGCUUUCCAGUCACAGUUUCUCAGUGGGCUGCAUGAGUAAUGUUGUUGAAACUGCAGGGAAAAAGGUCCCGAGUGUGAUUCGUCCCCUUUGAAUUUUCUCAAUUUAAGUUAAACUGUUAUUCAGCUCAUACUGACUCACAGUGUUAUUCUGAAAUGGGCCACUUAUAUGAUUUGUUCCCUGACUGUGAGUCAUAUCAAAGCAGCUUUGAUGUCUGUGAAUCACUGUCAGUGGAAAAAAAAAAGACAAAUUUGUAUAGCUAUCAAGUACACUUUCAUUUUUGGUCACUGAACUACAUCAGAAAAACUGAAACACAAACACACAUAAUGUAAACAGUGCAGGGCAGUCAGAAGUAAGCAGCAGUUUAUCAAUGAGAGACUUUUAAUCAGGCAUGUGACAGGGCAGCUAAGACGCCCUGAUUGUUGUUAUUAUCCACUUCCUGGUUUUAGCCAGGCGAGUAGUGGAAGAUCAGUGUGUGUGUGUGUGUGAGUGAUUCAGUUGCGUGUACUGUGUGUAAAUGUGAAGCUCACACGGAGUGUAAUUAACCCUAGCAAGAAACUAAAGACCAGAGAGAGGAGGAGGAGGAGGAAAUAUUUGAGCUUACUGAAGAAAGGACAACGAGAAGAGAGAGAGAGAGGACAAAAUCAGGAGUGAAACACUGAAGAACAAAUAGAGACCAGAGUGAACACUUACUGACAGUUACAGGAACUGGAUUCUAACUGUGUUGAUACUGAUACUACUGCUGCUGACAGCACUACAGUUGAAUGGGAGACAUGGAGAGGAGGGCUGGGGAGGAUUAUCUCUCCCUCAGGACUCAAUAGUAGUCACACACACACACACACACACACACACACACACCUUGUUUGUCUUGUAAAGACCUUUGGCAUGUGGAUUACUGACUUUGUAGCCUCUGCAGGACAGCCAUGUUUGAAGUCCUGAAGUGGUUUUAAUGUAGUAAUAAUUCUGUGUAGUAACAUAACACCCUUAAGAAUGGUGAUGGGAGAGUAGUACCUUCAUAAUACUACUUUGUUGAGCAUAAUUCUUCAACUUUAGUAUCCACCAGUGUGUACCUUAUGACUUGACUGUGGUGAAGCAGCUGGUAUCCGAGAGCCUUGACCAGCUUAGGUGAGGUCAUAUGCUCAUCUUCUUAAGGGACAAACCAUUUGCAGCUUGGUGGUUUCAUAAAAAAAACUCAAGAACCUGCAGUUAAGAGGAUUUGAACUGCUUCUCUGUAUGGCAUUCUUAUGAACAUCCUUCCAUGGGGAAUACUUAAAAUAAUGUUUAGAGGCCUCCUUUGGGACUGCUUGGAUUAUGCAGGGUAUGUUCAGGACUCUAGUCAUAUGAGGACUUUCUUUUUAACAAUAUUAAUAACAAUAAGUUUUUUGCAAGAAGUAUCCAGAAUUCCAUGAGUUGUAGUUUAUCUUGCCAAAAUGUGACAAGGUAUGAAGUCACAGGAACUGAACAAAUUCAUGUCAUGGAUCCAGACCGUGGAGUAGAUACUGAUCUGGGACAUGGGACUGGACUUAAGGCUGGUGAAGGUGCCCCUGAAGAAAAAGUGGAAGAGACAGAAAGUGAAGGAGAAGGGUUACUAAUUGUAAAAGGAUGUGAUGGAGAAUUCAGUUCAUCCUCCUCUAAUUCCUCUCUGGCCUCCUCCUCUACCAUGCCUCCAAUCUUCUCCUCUGCCCCCCCAAUCUGUGUGGAGGGAGAAAAGGAAAUGCCGAGCAGCAAGCCUUUCUCUGGACUCAAACUCUUCACUAGGAGGAAAGCAAUAGCUAAGUCCAGCCUGCAACAUUUGUCCUGUCAGCCCAGUACAUCAACUCUGAAGAGGACUGACCCAGAAGAAAAUAUUCGCAGUACUGUGGACUGGACUGAAUCAGCUCUGUAUGGAGAUCAUAUCUGGUUUGAGACAAAUGUGUCUGGAGACUACUGUUAUGUGGGAGAACAACACUGUGCAGCCAAAGCACUGCAAAAGUCUGUCAGUCGAAGGAAGUGUGCUGCAUGUAAGAUAGUUGCCCACACUAUCUGUAUAGAGCAACUGGAGAAGAUUAAUUUCAGGUGUAAACCGUCUUUCCGAGAAUCAGGCUCGAGGAACAUUCGAGAGCCUAUUGUGGUGCGUCAUCACUGGGUGCAUCGAAGACGGCAAGAGGGCAAAUGCAAACAAUGUGGCAAGGGCUUCCAGCAAAAGUUUAGUUUCCACAACAAAGAUAUUGUGGCCAUUAGUUGCUCCUGGUGCAAACAGGCUUACCACAACAGAGUAUCCUGCUUCAUGCUUCAACAAAUUGAGGAGGCUUGUCCAAUAGGAGCUCAUGCUGCUCUUAUAGUUCCACCCACAUGGAUCAUUAGGAUCAGGCGGCAUCAGUCAUCGAUGAAGUCCAGUAAGAAAAAGAAGAGAACAUCAUUCAAGAGGAAAAGCAGCAAGAAAGGAGCAGAGGAAGGAAGACAGGGGAAGCCAUUCAUAAUCCGACCCAUCCCUUCACCACUUAUGAAACCGCUGCUAGUGUUUGUCAACCCCAAGAGUGGAGGAAACCAGGGCACUAAGAUCCUACACUCCUUCAUGUGGUAUCUGAACCCUAGGCAGGUGUUUGACCUGAGUCAAGGGGGACCAAAGGAGGGCCUAGAGCUGUAUCGUAAAGUCCAUAACCUGAGGAUCCUGGCUUGUGGAGGUGAUGGCACUGUGGGCUGGAUCCUGUCUUGUCUUGAUGAGUUGGCAUUAAAUCCUCAACCUCCUGUUGCCGUGUUACCACUUGGGACAGGAAACGACCUCGCCAGGACUCUCAACUGGGGAGGGGGCUAUACAGAUGAACCGCUGUCUAAGAUCUUGUCCCAUGUUGAGGAUGGAAGUGUUGUACAGCUAGACAGAUGGAAUCUAAAGGUUGAACCAAACCACAGUGCAGGGGCUGAGCCAGAUGAACAGCAAACUGAUAAGUUGCCUCUAGAUGUUUUCAACAAUUACUUCAGUCUUGGAUUUGAUGCCCAUGUGACUCUAGAGUUCCACGAGUCGAGAGAGGCCAACCCAGAGAAGUUUAACAGUCGUUUUAGGAAUAAGAUGUUCUAUGCUGGGACAGCCUUCUCAGAUUUCCUGAUGGGAAGCUCCAAAGACCUGUCUAAGCACAUCAAAGUGGUGUGUGACGGGACAGAUUUAACAUCAAAGGUUCAGGACUUGAAGCUGCAGUGUUUGGUCUUCCUCAACAUACCCAGGUACUGUGCAGGCACUACACCUUGGGGAAACCCCAGUGAACAUCAUGACUUUGAACCUCAACGCCAUGAUGAUGGAUACAUCGAAGUCAUUGGAUUCACCAUGACAUCACUGGCAACUCUCCAGGUUGGGGGCCAUGGUGAGAGGUUAAACCAAUGCAGAGAAGUCAUCCUCACCACUACAAAACCUCUCCCAGUACAGGUGGAUGGUGAACCAUGUAGACUUGCUCCCUCUGUCAUCCACAUCAGCCUCAGAAACCAGGCAAACAUGGUUCAGAAAACCAAACGAAGGACCUCACUACCUCUCCUCAAUGAUCAGCAGCCAAUCCCAGACAGGCUAAGAAUCAGGGUCAGCAGGAUCAGUAUGUCUGACUAUGAGGCUCUGCACUAUGACAAAGACAAGCUACGACAAGCAUCUAUUCCUCUUGGACUGAUCGUGGUACCUGGUGAAAGUGACUUGGAAACCUGCAGAGAACACAUUCAGCAUUUGCAGGAGGAAGAGACAGCCAAGCAAAAGAAUCUUUCUCUUCAGAGAUUAUCUCCAAAAUGGUGUUUUCUUGACUCUACGACAGCAGAUCGUUUCUACAGAAUAGACAGAGCACAGGAACAUCUGAACUAUGUAUCAGAAAUCUCCCAGGAAGAGAUCUUCAUUCUGGACCCUGAACUGGUUGUUAUGACAACUGUGGGCACCUCCCCCUCACCAAUGCCCGACCUGGCUAACCCAGCCUCCAGCCUGGUAAACAGCAGUUCUUCCCAGAGGCGGCAAGUGAACAGUGACAGCUCUGCAGCAGAAGCUUUGCCUGACAAUUCAACACCUGUGGACAGCAAACUUUGCAGGCAGGAAAACAAACAACAGAUGUGUGAAGAAGAGAGGGAGAAAGAAAAAGAGAUGUUGAUCGAGUGUGUGAAGAACAAAGAUGUCAGGAAGCUGCAGGAGCUGCACCUGAAGGGAGCUGACCUUACAAUGCUGGACCUAUCAGGCUGCAGUUUACUGCACCAUGCUGUCAACACAGGAAGCAAAGAGACAGUCCGCUACAUUCUGGACAAUGCUCCAAGUGACCUGCUUGAUGUCACAGAAAAACUGCACGGGGAGACAGUUCUUCAUCGAGCUGCGUCUCUGUGUCACAGGACCAUCUGCCAUUAUCUAGUGGAGGCAGGAGCUUCACUGAUGAAAACAGACCUACAAGGUGAUACUGCUAAGAACAGGGCUGAAAAGGCUCACGACACUGAACUGGCAGCCUAUCUGGAGAACAGACAGCAUUACCAGAUGAUACAGAGAGAGGACCAGGAAACCGCUGUCUGAAACUGUUGAACUCUUUACGAACUCUACUUGGAUGACAAAAGUGCUGGAAUCUUCCUUAUCUGGCAACAUCUCUUUAGGCCAAUGUAACAGGAGUGACACACAGACUCACAUUUACUGCUACUGUGUCCUUCCUUGACAGCAGAGGCUACAGACAGGGAGUGAAGCUCUGUGCCAAAUAUGAUCUCAAUAUGCAUUUUAUAUGAUUAUUGCAGUGAUUAAAAUGAUGGAAACUAUGAUGAUUUUUGUGUAGUUUAGUAAGAAAAGUGUUAGUGAAGUUAGGAAGAUAGAAACAGCUUUGGGAUCACCAGAAUCGUGUUUAUGAUUUUGAAUGGCAAUUUGGAGAAUGAACUUGAACAGAAAAACAACUUUUGAUAUCAAACAUUUGGACACUAAAAGUGAUAAACCAUAAACUAUUGGUAAUGUAAUGUUUUGUGGGGUUGGACUGCCUCGCUCUCUACAAGAAAUAUUUCACACGACCAUAGAUAUUAUUAAAAAAUAAAAUGAAACUUACACUGUACAACAGUUAGCUUUAGAGUCGCAAAUGUGAGGUGGGGUCUUCAUGGAUAGGACUUGCCUUUCCAGCACAUCCCUCCUUUGAUUGAGAUCUGGAGAAUUUGGAGGCCAAGUCAACUCCUCAAACCAUUCUUGAACCAUUUUUGCAGUGUGACAAGGUGCAUUAUCCUGCUGAAAGAGGUCACUGCCAUCAGGGAAUACUGUUUCUAUCAUGGGAUGUACUUGGUCAGCGGCAUUGUUUAGGUCGGUCGUAUAUACCAAAGUUACAUUCGCAUGAAUUUUAGGACCCAAGAUUUCCCAGCAGAACAUUGCCCAAAGCAUCACAGUGCCUCCACCCGCUUGCCUUCUUCCCAUAGUGCAUCCUGAUGUCAUGUCUUCCCCAGUUAAGCGAUGCAAAUGCACUCGGCACACGAUGGAAAAGGAAACAUGAUUGAUCAGACCAGGCCGCCUUUAUCCAUAGCUUCAAGAUCCAGCUCUGAUGCUCAUGUACCCAUUGCACGUGCUUUUGGUGGUGGACAUGGGCCAGCAACGGCACUGGUUUGCAACUACACAGCCCCAUACAUAACAAACUGCAAUGGACUGUGUGUUCUGACACCUUUCUGUCUGAACCAACAUCAGAUUUUUCAGCAAUAUGAGCUACAGUAGGUGUUCUAUUUGAUUGGACAACAUGGGCCACCCAUUGCUCCCCACCUGCCCCAGUGAGCCUUGGCCAUUUGUGGCCCUUUUGUUCACUGGUUUUCUUUCCUUGGCCCACUGUUACUAGGUCCUGACCACUGCAAUAGGGAACAUCCCACAAGAGGUGUAGUUUUGGAGAUGCUCUGACCCAGUCGUCUAGCCAUCACAAUUUGGCCCUUGUCAAAGUCAUUCAAGUCCUUAUGGUUGCACAUAUUUUUUUUGUCCAACACAUCAACAACAAGCUAUUUACUUGCUGCCUAAUACAUCCCACCCACUGCCAGGUGCCAUUGUAACUAGAUAAUCAAUGUUAUUCACUUCAUGUUAGCACCACAUGUUAGUUUUUAUAAUGUUAUAGCUCAUCUGUUUAUAAGCCCAGAGGUGAAAUAAAUGAAUCCAUCCUCUUGGGACAAUGAAUGCCAAUGAAAUUGGA